GGACGCCGCUCCGUCACCGUCCACGCUGACACUCCACUCACCAACACCAACCCAUGCUGAUAAACAAGGUCCGGUCUCAGGAGGUUCGCUAACAAUGGCGGGAUCAUCGAGCACUUCUGCCCCCCCACCUUUCGUGCAACGUUAAUGUUAUGCCUGCGAGGAUGAUGAGCGCGCGGGGUGGCGGCGCGGGGGCGGGAGACGUGAGCGUGGCUGACAGCCCGCUGGCCACGUUCGAGUCGCUUACGCAGGCCGCCGUCAUCGCCGUGAUGGGCGUCGCCAUCGUCAUCUCCAACCUACUCAUCAUCGCUGCCUUCCUCAACUUUAAAGGGUUAUCGAACGAAGUGAUCAACUACUACCUGCUGUCGCUGGCGGUGGCGGACCUGCUUUGCGGGUUGCUGGUGGUGCCGCUGUCAGUGUACCCGGCGCUGACCGGCCGCUGGAUGUUCGGCGACCUCAUGUGCCGCCUCACCGGCUACAUCGAGGUCACCCUCUGGUCCGUCUCUGUCUACACGUUCAUGUGGAUCUCCGUUGACCGUUAUCUCGCCGUCAGAAAGCCUCUCCGAUAUGAGACGGUUAGUGCGACGGUGCAAACUCGCACUCGUAGUCAGUGCUGGAUGGUAUUCACGUGGAUCUCGGCCGCCAUGCUAUGCUGUCCGCCGCUGCUCGGGUACAAGAAGGAAGCCAACUUCGACAAGGAGACAUUCAUCUGCAUGCUGGACUGGGGCACGACGUACGCGUACACUGCCACGCUCGGCAUCCUCGUGCUCGGACCCAGCGUCAUAUCCAUAGUCUACAAUUACUUCUAUAUCUUUUCUAUGAAGCGGAAACUGAACAGCGGUGCCCCCAUCCACGACAAAGAAUACGCCACGGCUCUGGCGGAGAACCUCUCCAACCCGAGCCACUGGAUGAGUUUCGUGCUCGUGACCGCGUUCUGGCUCAGCUGGGCGCCGUACGCGGGGGUUCGGUUGUAUGAGUACAUCAUAGACCAGGAGCUCAAAGUUCCCAUGCUGCACUUUGGGGUCGUGUGGCUGGGUAUUCUCAACUCGUUUUGGAAAAUUGUUAUAUUGAUAUCGUUGAGCCCGCAGUUCCGUCUUGCACUUAGAAUUCUUUGCUUAACUGCAUGUUGUCGUACUAAGGGCCGAUUGCAAGCCGAGCUAAUUGGUAUGGACAACGACGACUGAGGUACCAUGUCUGUACGACUCGUACUUAGAUAGGUAGGGGUAUGUCUAGAUCAUGUGGGCAAAUAUUUUUUUAGUGUAUUGUAUUUUUAGAGUGGGGUAAUUGUGAAUAGCGGUAGGUAUAUUUCAGAUGUAAAUCAGAGAAGAAGUAAAGGUGCAUUUGGCUCGGUUCAAUUUUUAGUGUGGUCUAAAUGCAUCUAACAUUCGUGCAUAAAAACUGGAAGGCCGGACCUUCGUUAAUCGAAGUCUGUUAGCCAUUUCGUUAUUGCUGUAAUUGAAAAAAGAGAUAUGUUUGCUGACGAGAAUAAUUAACAUCGAUAUUACUGAUUUUGUGACCUUAUAGCAAUAAGUAGCGACGUUUAGUUAGCAGAUGUUAAAUGAUACAAGAGCCCUCUUGCUUAUAGUAAGCAAUGAAUGAAUAAAAAUACAAUAUCUAAGUAGUCGCGAGUCAAAUCGCCUCGAGUAAUGAUAUGAACUUCGUUCUUAAUUAUGUACCUGCUUAUAUUUAAGCAUAUAAUAAUAUUCUUAACUGAAUUUUACGGACAAUAAAACGUAAUAACUCUGUAUACACACAAUCAGGUGAAGAAACAUGCAAUAUUUGAUCAUAUCAUUUUGACAGCAACUGCGUAGUUAUACCUAGGUGUUCCUUAUUAAUUAGAUUAGGUAUAUUAUAAUUAUUUUAAGAAAUGCGAAUGUCCAAAAACGGACAAAAUGUAUUAACUGGACAGACGUGUAACAUAGUUGGCAGAAAUGAAAAUAUUGUUUGACACUGUUAAUAACUGUGUCUGGUUUCCUGGGAGUGAUUAAAAGAUUAAAGGAAGUCAUAAUCUUUUAAAAAAUCUUUUAUGUUUCACUUUCCAAGAACCUGCAAAACAAAAAGUCAUUCAUCUAAGUAGUUUCGCAUUGUUUCAACGUUUAUUAACACUCAUAGCGCACAUUUAUUUUAGUAUCAAAAGCUAAUAUUCAUAUAAGGGGUAAUUAAUUACUUACCUAUGGAUUUUUUUUUAUUUAUGUAGAUAAAUUACAUUUUAGGUCCUUUGACAUUUUCACAAUUUCUAAUCAAAGGUACAACAAUUAUGUUACAUGGAAAUGUCCCAGAAUACUAUACGCAAGACUAUAAUAUACCUACUUAUAAGUUAUUUUUAUUUAUAGAUUGUACCGUCAUUGCAUUUCG